AUGCGGCUUUCAAAUUCAAUGCCGGUGUGCCAACAAAUCCAACUACCCAAUAAUUGCCCCGCUCUCGAAAUACCGACCGGAAUGCUGAAACUACUGGAGAGACCCCCGCCGGCAAUGUGGCACAAGGAGAAACUGGUGAUCAUCAUGGGCGCCACGGGGACGGGGAAAUCCCGCCUGUCCGUCGACCUCGCCACCGAAUUCCACGCCGCCGAGAUCAUCAACUCCGACAAGAUGCAGGUCUACAAGGGGCUCGACGUCGUCACCAACAAGAUCACCGACCGAGAAACCCGCGGCGUUCCCCACCACUUGUUGGGAACCGUCGACCCAAACGCCGAUUUCACUUCCCGAAACUUCUGCGACAAUGCCUCUGCCUCCAUCGAAUCAAUCCUCAUGAAGGGUUCCCUACCGAUCAUCGUCGGCGGCUCCAAUUCCUACAUCGAGGCGCUUGUCGACGACGACGGCGAUGACGAAUUCUGGGGGUUCCGGUCGAAGUACGACUGCUGCUGCCUCUGGCUCGACGUAUCAACCCCGGUCCUGCACGAAUUCGUGUCGAAAAGGGUCGAUUCGAUGGUCGAGAACGGGUUAGUGGAUGAAGUUCGGGGAAUGUUUGAUCCUGAGAAAACAGAGUAUAGGGAGGGGAUUCGGAAAUCGAUUGGGGUUCCAGAGCUGGACAAGUAUUUGAGAGUGGAACGGCGUCAUUUCGGUGUGGAUGGGGAAACCAGAGCGAGGGUUCUUCGGGAAGCGAUCGACGAGAUCAAGAGGAAUACUUGUAAUUUGGCUUCCCGGCAACGAGAGAAGAUCCAACGGCUGAGGAGAGUUAAGGGGUGGAAUAUUCAUCGAAUUGAUGCAACCGAGGUGUUUAGAAAACGAGGGAAGGAAGAAGUAGAUGGGGCGUGGGAGAAGCUGGUGGCAAGACCGAGCUCUUUCCUCGUAAGGAACUUCCUUUACGAGUGUGUUUUGACGUAA